AAAGAAGAAGAAGAAGCAAAAGAAGAGCAGGUGAUCCUCACGUGCGAUACAAUCAAGGUCUCUUGACGCACUCCAGUGACCAAAACCUGAGCUACACUAAAGUUAGCAGCCAACUUUUAAACUAGAAACCGUCCGGUUAUAGUCGCUUUUCUAGUGGUUGCAGUCUGCAGUGGUAGCGUGUACGUCAGCUAAAUGGGAGGAAAUGGGCUAAUUACCAGUAUCCGGAGGAUGAUACACACCGAAGAGAAUAAUCCCAGACCGUUUGAACACCUACGCCGUCAGAUGGAUGAUGUGCUGGGAGACGGUGGCAUCCUGAAGCAGGUGGUCCAGCCUGGAGACGGCCCGCCUAUACCCCAAAACGCUUCAGUACUCAUUCACUACUCUGGUUUCCUGGAGUUUUCUGACCAACCUUUUGUAACUACAACGAACAUCAAAUACCCCCGAAUAAUGAAGUUAGGGAGAGAUGUGACACUGGCUGGACUGGAGCUGGGUCUGUUGACCAUGCAGAAGGGAGAAUUCUCUCGUUUCCUCUUCAACCCCCAGUAUGCGUACGGAGAGAUGGGCUGUCCUCCGAUGAUUCCCGCUGGUGCUGUGGUUCUGUACGAGGUUCACGUCCUUGACUUUUUCGACUCCGGACAAGUCGAUAACUUUAUUGCCAUGAGUCAGGAGGAGCAGAACACUGUUCAGCUGUCCACACUUUUUGAAGUGGUCAACACCCUACGCAGCUUUGGCAACCGCUGCUUCAACCAGAGCCGUUAUGACAGUGCCAAAGAACGUUAUAAACAGGCAAUGAUGCUCCUCAGAAACAGGGAAACACAAACCGAUGGAGAGAGGGAGAGCAUCAAGACAGCCCUUCUUCCUUUCUAUUUAAACCUUUCUCUCACAGAACUCCGUCUGGACAGCCCCCAGAAAGCCCUUAAAUAUGGCAACAAAGCCUUGGAGACAGAUUCAGGCAACACAAAGGCUCUUUUUCGCUGUGGACAGGCGUACCUGGGACUGCAUGAGUACGAGAGCGCCCAGAGUUGCCUGAUAACCGCUCAGGCAAAAAGGCCUUUUGACAGUGACAUUAACAACCUACUCAGGAAGGCGGCCUUGUUGUAUAAAGACAGCCUGGACAAGCAGAAAGACUUGUAUUCAAAGAUGUUUCGAGGUUGGAAAGGCGCCCAGUGAAGAUGUGAAUGGGAAAGCAACUACCACAACCAAUGGUUGUCUAAUAAUGAUGGGGCCACGUUGAAAAUCCAGGUUCUGCAACAUAUUUUCCCUCCAGUACAGUUGAAAGUUACACUGGUAAUAAUGCAACUCAACAGUUUUCGGAGUAAGGUUUCAUGUUCACAACAUUACAGAGGAAUUCAGUACAUCCUGGAGUUUGCUGUGAUGUGAUCACACUGGAGGUGUUAAUAAUGACAAACAAAAUGUUCUUCUAAGGUACAGUAGCAUUGUUAUAGACAGAUUCUGUCAUGAGACUGCUAUUUCAUUUGUGUUGAUGCUUAUGUUAUUGCUCGUAUUUCUGUUGGAUCAUGGGAUGCACAUUUUGUUUUGCACAGUCUCAGCAGAAUCUGAUAAUUUUUCAAAUUUUACACAUUUAAAUGGUUAUUUCUGAAUUAAAAAAUUUCAAAUCA